UUCUAUAAAGGAAACGCAGCUUCUCUCUCCAAUUACGCACCGUUCACAGAACGACAGUCGACAGACAAAUCCAAAAUGCAUCUAAAGAAGCCAUUGUGGAGCACAGCACUGAAAGAAACAAGAGAACCGUCGGCAGAGGCGGAGCCGCAACCACAACAACCGUCUUCAGCCACGGCAACAGCGGUGGACGAGCUAGUAAAUUCAUUAAACAAGCAAAGAUUAUAUAGAGAAGUAACACUCGCUCUCCGUACAAGCCUUAGAGAUGCUCGCGCCGAAUUCUCUUUCCUCCGCCUCCGUGGCCUCCGCUCUCUCCUUAACUUCCUCAGAUCCGUCGCUCAAUCAGAUUCCACUAUCAAUCUCUUCUGCCAAACGCAAUCUUUACCGGACCUUCAAGUGGUUCCGGUUUUAUUUCAAAAUUCGUUGAAAGAGGGGGAGGAGGAGCAAAAUGUGGAGAGUUUGAGUCACGUGUUUGGUGUGGAGCCGAUGAGGAUUACGAGUCCUUCGACGGAUGCAGAAAUCGCGCUUGCGCUUCGUGUUUUGGAAGGUUGUUGUUUGCUUCAUAGAGAGAGUACUGUUUUUGCUCAUCAGUACAAGGCAAUUCAGGUUUUGAUGCGGGUUUUGUCGACUAGAGGUGUAUUGGAGAAAAGUGCUUGUUUAGAUGCUCUAAUUUCGAUAAUGUUGGAUUCAUCACCCAAUCAAAUGGAUUUCGAAGCGUGUAAUGGUAUUGAGGAAGUAACUGUGGUUAUUAGGGACAAGCAAGUGGAUGAGAAUCUCAGGUUGAAAUGUGGAGAGUUCAUGCUACUACUCAUUGGCCAUCUUAAUGGGAGGGAAAGGGCCCCCAUGCCAUCCAUACAUGAAGAUGUAAGGCGACUCCUUGGUGAGAAAUCAGCCUCCUUGAUUUGGGCAGCCAGUCAAUUUGGGUCAACAGUAGAUCCAGAACAGAGGUUGAUGGCUUUACAGAUCCAAGCUCGCAGGGUGCUUGAAUCACUGGACCUGUACUAGUUCAGAAGAUAUGAAAUCUCUAUUUCCUCUUGGCAAUUUACUCUUGCUGAUUCGAAAAUGAAGAUGAGUUCUGUAGAUAACAUUAAUUGCUGGCAUUUCUGUAAUGCUAAAAUCUCGUUACUCUGGAAGCAGGUGUGGAAUGCUGAUGCCCUGUGCAUUUGCACACAUCGUUCUUUCAUCUCAAGCAAAAGUGUUCAUCAUAUUAUAUUAUAAAUACAACUAAAAUAGUUGUGAACUAGGUUGAUAAAUUA